GGUUGCCUUAAGGCGGGGAGAGGUUGGGAGAGAGCGGCCUGGGGCCUACGGGCGGCGCCUGCGGCCUACGGGCCGGGCCUACACCUGCGGCCUACACCUCGGGCCCAGGCCCAAGCGCCCGCGGACCGGGCCUGGGGGGCUCCGGGUAUCCCCCCGCCCCGGAGCCGCUCCGCCUCUCCCGGCAGCCCGCGCGGAGCCGACGCCCCGCCCUCAGGGCCGUACCGGGCCGUACCGGGCCGUGGCGCGGGGCGGGGGCCUGGGCCGGGCGGUGGUCGCCGCCGUUAUGGAGCGGUUCUUGGAGGGGCGGCGGGCGGCCCUGCAGGAGCACAUCCAGCGUCGCCAGGAGGUGCACGUGGUGAUGGGCAAUGAGGCCUGCGACCUGGACUCCACCGUGUCCGCCCUGGCCCUGGCGUAUUUUCUGGCGAAGACCUCGGUGCCGCCCAAAGCCGCCUUCGUCCCGGUGCUGAACAUCCCACGCUCCGACUUCGCCCUCCGCACGGAGACGACGUUCCUGCUGCGGGAGCACGGCAUCCCGGACUCCUCGCUCAUCUUCCGCGACGAGAUCGACCUGGCUGGGCUGCACCGCGCUGGGCUGCUCUCCCUGACGCUGGUGGACCACCAUGUCCUGCCCAGCGCCGACGCAGCCCUGGAGGAGGCCGUGGUGGACGUGCUGGACCACCGGCCGCUGGAGCGGGAGUGGGGACCCAGCUGCCAGCUCACAGUGGAGCUGGUGGGCUCCUGCGCCACGCUGGUGACGGAACGGAUCGCCCAGGGCCCCCCAGGCGUGCUGGACCGGACCACGGCCGCGCUGCUGCACGGCACCAUCCUGCUGGACAGCGUGAACCUGAGCCCCGCCGCCGGCAAGGUGACGCCUCGCGAUGUGGCGUGCGUCUCCCUGCUCGAGUCACGGUUCCCCGAGCUGCCGGCCCACGACAGCAUCUACGGAGCGCUGCAGGCGGCCAAGUUUGACGUCUCAGGGCUGACGACGGAGCAGAUGCUGCGGAAGGAUCUCAAAACCAUCUCUGGUGACGAACAAGUCCUCGCCAUCAGCGGCAUCUACAUGGACAUACAGCUCUUCCUGCGCCGCCCCGGCUUGCUGCAGGACCUGGAAUCUUUCUGCCGGGCUCGUGGCUACUCCGCGCUGGUGGCCAUGACGGUGUCUUUUAACGAGCGCUACGAGCCCACGCGGCAGCUGGCGGUGUACAGCCAGCACGAGGCCCUGCGGAGCACGGUCUGCCGCGCGCUGGAGGAGGCCACGACCCCGGCCCUGCACCUGCAGGCCCUGCCCAGCCCCUGGCCCUGCGUCAGCGCCUACGCCCAGGGCAACACGCUGGCCUCCAGGAAGAAGGUGCUGCCCAUCCUCCGGGCCGCUGUCGGCGGCGGAACGGGCACCGCAGCGGGGCCGGAGGAGGAGGCGGCCCCUCCGCCCACCCCAAUGAACAGCCUGGUGGAGGAGAGCCCGCUGGCACAAGCCGUGCCCCCCGUCUGCCCCCAGGCUGUGCUGGAGCGGGUCAGCCGCAUGGCUGCCGAGCAGCUCCCUCCCGACUCUGACAAGUGAGGGGUCCCUGGCGGCACUCGGGGUGCUGCAGGAGUCACAUCCCCGGCACCGAGCUGCAGCUUCCUCUGUUUGAGCCUGGCUCGCUGCCUCAGCCCCCUCCUUGCUGCUGACUGCCCCCCAUGCCCCCCCCCCCCUUUCCCGCUGAGGUCGGUGCCGUGGGGCCUGCAUGGAGUGGGGCAGCACACGGUUAAUGAAGGCACUGGGGUGGCAUUAACAAAUUCUCCUCCUCCUGGCCCUUGGGGGGGGGGGGGGGGGGCUGGAGUGCUGGGCCUGGACACACAACCGGCUGGAGACUGUUACCCACGAUUUGAGGAUUAAAUUUACCUCUUCCCCCUGC